CAAAUAUUUGGUGCGGACUCAGUUGCCAACCUUCAUCCUGGGCGAAGAGCUGCAGCAGGUGGAGGGAUGAGCCGCUCUCCUGUGACCGUUCAGGAUGUGCAGGAAGAAGCAAGCAAUGGUGUGGACUCCUCUGAAUCUCCUAAGGCCUCUGAUUGGUCAGGACCUCAUGGCUUCACCCCCCAGGCAUUAAAGUUGAAGCACGGGGCUGAUUUUGAGCCUCAUGAUCUAUCAGAGACCUGUAAACACACACAUCACCACACGGACUCAUGUAGAGACUCACACACAGAUCAUUCAGAGUCACCGAUUCAACACUCCCAGUGCGCACAUAGUUCAGAUGAAGAUGACACACAUGACAACACACACUCCUGUGAGACUGAGCAAACACACAGUCAUUAUGAAGGAGAGCUGGAAGACUGGAGAGGAGAGGAAGAGGAGAAGAGACAGACAAAUGAUGGAGAGGUGAACAAUGUCCAGCAAAUGAAAGAAGCUCUUAUUUCUGUACAGCCAGUUGAAGCACUCUUAACCGAACACCCUCCCACUCACUCCGAACCUGAGGAAUGGUCCAAACCCAAUUCUGUGGACGAAUUCCAACCAAAUACUUCCAUUUCUCCAGAUGAGGCUCCUCCCCUUGUCCCGGCCCCACCUCCUGACCAGGGCACACCCCCUCCUCUGCUGCCAGAUCUGGAUGAUUCUCCGUGCCCAGCUCACGUGAUGGCAGAGGUGCGUGUGCGCUCUGUUCCUGAGCGGGAGCGAGUCGUGCGUGGCAUGCAGGACAGUAAGAGUCUAGAUGAGAUCAGCGGGGCGUGUGGAGGCGGGGCUCGAGGAGGAGGAGCUAGAGGAGGCCAGCCGGAAGGACGGAGAGCCACCAUAUCUAGUGCUCUAGAACUGGAGGGAACCGUCAGCCAUGAUGGAGAUCUCACACACUUCAUCACCAAAAACCUUGAACAGAAGAUCAAAAUGAGCUCGCGGCUGAGUCUGGACACAGACUCGGACUGUUCUGGGCCUAUCACACGUGGUCGUGGCUCUUCACGUCGCCCGGCUGAUAUUCCACCAAUUGACCCAUCGGUGCUGGUAGACCUGCAUAAACACACACAGGACGUGGCGCAGAGCGUUGAACUGAUGCUGAGAAGCCUCAAUGGAACUAUACAGAAUAUGACUGCAUUAAGUGUGGGUUAUAUCCAGACAUACAGAGAUUCUGUGGAUAGUUUGGGAGAAUCAGUAGACAUGAGUAUAAAGGGAAUGUACACACUCAUGGCCCGCUGUGAGGAGCUGGAUCGCUCCAUGCAACCUAUACAUACUCUAGCUGCUCAGAUCAGAGACAUCAAACGAACCCUUGACGCCCUGGAGACCAUCUGCAAGUAGCUAUGGCAACAGACCACACCCUCCCUUGACUAAACAGGGACUCCACCCAUUGGAGAACAGUGGUGGCUCCACCCUCUGCAGUAAUUAUGCUACAUAAUGUGCAAAGGAACCAGUUUGCUAAAUAUGAUUCCUAGCAAUGCCCUGCAAGUGCUCGUCCCCUUAGAGAAAGCUUGGUUCUCUCCUAUUUUUUGUAAUGGCAAAACAGUAUUGAGUCCUCCCUAUGAUUCAUGCCGUCCAACAUCCUCCACAGGAAUGACUUUGUGUCAUUGGUGGCUCUCAAUGGGCUGAAUGGUGUUGCCGUUGGCCCGGUUCAUAAAGUGAGUGUAUGUGUGCACGUUUAGGUGAGUGUUUUUUAUGGAGCCAGAUCAGUCUCAAAAAUAAUACAUUCACAAAAUUAAAUUCAAGGUACAUGGGCAGCACAAUUCGUAAAUCCAAGAUGCAAUUCAUAAACAAUUAAAUCCACUUCGUAAAUUCAAGACUCAAUUCAUAAACACACAAAUCCACUUCAUAAAUUCAAGACUCAAUUCAUAAACACACAAAUCCACUUCAUAAAUUCAAGACUCAAUUCAUAAACACACAAAUCCACUUCAUAAAUUCAAGAUGAAUUCAUAAACGCACAAAUCCACUUCAUAAAUUCAAGAUGAAUUCAUAAACACACAAAUCCACUUCAUAAAUUUAAGACUCAAUUCAUAAACACACAAAUCCACUUCAAAAAUUCAAGACUCAAUUCAUAAACACACAAAUCCACUUCAUAAAUUCAAGAUGAAUUCAUAAACGCACAAAUCCACUUCAUAAAUUUAAGACUCAAUUCAUAAACACACAAAUCCACUUCAUAAAUUCAAGACUCAAUUCAUAAACACACAAAUCCACUUCAUAAAUUCAAGAUGAAUUCAUAAACACACAAAUCCACUUCAUAAAUUCAAGAUGAAUUCAUAAACGCACAAAUCCACUUCAUAAAUUUAAGACUCAAUUCAUAAACACACAAAUCCACUUCAUAAAUUCAAGACUCAAUUCAUAAACACACAAAUCCACUUCGUAAAUUCAAGACGAAUUCAUAAACACACAAAUCCACUUCAUAAAUUCAAGACUCAAUUCAUAAACACACAAAUCCACUUCAUAAAUUCAAGAUGAAUUCAUAAACGCACAAAUCCACUUCAUAAAUUUAAGACUCAAUUCAUAAACACACAAAUCCACUUCGUAAAUUCAAGAGUCAAUUCAUAAACACACCAAUCCUACUCGUAAAUUCAAGACGCAAUUCAUAAACACACAAAUCCAAUUCGUAAAUUCAAUACACUAUUCAUAAACACACACAUUCAAUUAAUUUGGGGAAAUGCGAUUUUACCUGGUGUAUUCACGAAUUGUGUUUUGUAUUUAUGAAUUGGAUUUGUGCAUUCACAGAUUGGGUUUUGUAUUCAUGAACUGUGUUUCGUAUUCAUGAAUUGGGUUUUGUACAUGUGAAUUGUGCUGUGCAUGUAUGAAUUUUAUUUUGUAAAGUAUUAUUUUUGAGACUGAUCUGGCGCCAUAUUUUUUGGCAGAUUGUGUAAUUGGUGUGUAAAGCACCUAUCUGUAAUGGCCUGAAAUGUAAGUCAUAGUAGAAGUGGAAGACAGAUAUUUACCACUAUGGAAGCCAUGCUCUGCGUGUGCUUGUUCCUCUUGGAUGUCAGUGUUUCUGCAGGAUGGAUGCCGUGCAUCCCAGAUCAGCUUGUCUUUCAUAGUAACCAUUAUUUAAGCAAAUUCUGAAAUCAGUUAAUGUCCCUCAUGUAGUUCAAUGACACUCCAGAGAAAUUGUGAGGACUCUGCUGCUUGUUUUUUCCAGAAUGAUUAUGAACUAGAGAUUUGAAGCUUCAGAAAGGAUGAAAAUCACCAUAAUGACUCUCGUUUCUGUCUGUUUCUAACAGAGGUAAUUGAUUAAUUGGCUGGAAAUUAGUAGCUGGUAUGUUCUUUAAAAAAUUAUUUUAUGUUCCACACAGUAAAAAAUAAGCCAUAUUGGAAAGACGAGAGAAGCAAACAAUGCUAGAAUUAAAUUUUAACGAACGUUGUACAUGGUCAUUGAUGAAUUUUGGACUAAUUUGUUCAUUGUUAUGUUGUCUUUAAGUGUUUGUCACUAAAAACAACACAGAAAUCAGAGGAAGAUGUGGAGAGAUUAUGGGGGAAAAAACAGGUUGGAUGAAAAUUUAUUUUUGAAAAUAGUGUCUGCUCUUCUCUCUUUACUGUCUUGCUAACUAUAACCCUGAUUUGUCCAAGAAUCUGUCAUUAAUGUUUAUUUUAAAUUAUUAUAUAAAUCAAAAUAAAUUUGCUAGAAUGAUCGUA